CCAAGGCCCAUUCCCGAUUUCCUCGACGACGCUGCGUCCUGCCGGGAGUGUUGAGUUACCUACGCGGCACUCAUUUUAUCUUUCUUCCUUUUGAACGCACUGUGCCGCCUUGCUCCGGUGUGUUUUUCUCUUUUUUAACUUCCAAACGGGACACCAAACCCGACCCGACGGAGCUGCCAUCCCAACGAUAUCCUUGUCAAUUCCCUUUUGAGACUUUUUUGGGGCGGGAGGAAAAAAAACAACAACAGCGCCAUGGCCGAAGGAACGAGGCCGGAAUCGGACGGGCGCUGGGGCGAGAAUGCGGCUGGCGACAUCUCAGUCAACGCCGCGCUUGAGGAGUUCCACGACCUGGAGAAGGAACUCAGCACGAUUCAGCACCGUCACUCCGCCGCAUACCACCAAAAGACGAAACAAACCCAGGGCGAUGGCCACGGCGAUGGCCACGGCGAUGCCGGCGGCGAGAGCGAUUCCACCAUCGCGCCCAGCCUGUCCGGCGAGAACUCGUUCGACCUCCCCGACUUUCUCAGGAGGGGCAUCAUGGACAUGCGCACGCCGAGCGGAGGCCCGACAAAACGGCUCGGGGUGUCGUUCAAGAACUUGACGGUCAAGGGCGUCGAGUCGUCGACAAAGCAGGUCGUCACGUUCCCCCGGGACCUGGCGAACACGUUCGGGCCGGACCUGUACCAUUUCAUCGCGGGCAUCUUCCCGAAACUCAGGCUCCGCAAGGAGCCCACGGUCGACCUCAUCAGGAACAUGACGGGGACGGUACGGCAUGGCGAGAUCAUGCUGGUGCUGGGCCGGCCGGGCUCCGGGUGCUCGACCUUCCUCAAGGCUAUCGCCAACCACCGGGAGGAGUACGCCCAGGUCGACGGCGAGGUGUACUACGGCGUCAUCCCGGCAGAGGACCAGCUGCAGCGGUUCCGCGGCGAGGUCGUUUACUGCGAGGAGGACGACCGCCACUUCCCCUCUCUCACGGUCUGGCAGACGCUGUGGUUCGCGCUCAAGACCAAGACCCGCAAGAGAGAGCAAUGGACGAUCCCGCCCAUUCUCGAUUCGCUCCUACAGAUGUUUGGCAUCGAACACACCAAGAACACACUGGUUGGAGACGAACAUACCCGAGGUGUCUCCGGAGGCGAACGGAAACGUGUGAGCCUGGCAGAGACGCUGGCCACACGAGCAUCGGUGGUCUGCUGGGACAACUCGACGCGGGGCCUCGAUGCCAGCACCGCCCUGAGCUUCGCCAAGUCGCUCCGUGUCUACACCGACGUCAGCGGGCGCACCACCCUCGUCACGCUGUACCAGGCGGGAGAGUCGAUAUACGAGCUGAUGGACAAGGUGCUCGUGAUAGACGACGGCCGGAUGCUGUUCCAAGGACCGGCCGGCGAGGCCAAGAAGUACUUUGAGGACCUGGGCUACCUGUGCCCUCCGAGACAAACAACGGCCGACUUCCUGACGUCCAUCGCCGACAAGAACGCCCGGCACUUCCAGCCCGGCCGAGAGGAGACGGCACCCAAGACGCCCGAAGAGCUCGAGCGGGCUUUCCGCGAGAGCGAGCACUACCGGCGCGUGGCCGAGGACGUCGAAGACUACGAAAGGGGAAGCAGGUCGGCGAAUAACGACAAGCACCGCAUGUUCGAGGCGACGGUGAAGGAUUCCAAGAGCAAGACGGUCAUUGGCGACUCCGUCUACACCGUCUCGUUCGCGAAGCAGGUCGCCGCCUGCACCAAGCGCCAGGCCUGGCUCCUCUGGGGCGACCGGAGCUCCUUCUACACCAAGCUCGUCAUCAUCGUCGCCAACAGCCUCAUCGUCUCGUCGCUCUUCUACGGGGCCGGCCAGGGCACGUCCUCCGCCUUCGCGCGCGGCGGCAUCGUCUUCUUCUCCAUCGCCUUCAUCGGCUGGCUCCAGUUCGCCGAGCUGCUGCCCGCCAUCGCCGGGCGCACGACCAUCGAGCGCCAGCGCGUCUUCGCCUUCUACCGGCCCUCCGCCGUCGUCAUCGCGAGGGUGCUGCUGGACUUCCCCCUGAUCCUCGUCAUGACGGUGCUCUUCUGCGUCCCCGUCUACUUCCUGGCGCAGUUCGACGUCGACGCCGCCAAGUUCUGGAUCUACACGCUCAUUGUUUACACGGUGACCUUCUGCCUCACCACCAUGUACCGCAUGUUCGCGUCGCUGUCCUCGACAGUCGAUGACGCCGUACGCUUCGUAGGUGUCGUUCUGAACAUUAUGUUCAUCUUGACGGGAUACGUGAUCCCGAAGCCCGCCCUUCUCAACGACUCCAUAUGGUUCGGCUGGAUCUACUUUAUCAACCCGGUAGCCUACGGCUUCGAGGCGCUCCAGGCGAACGAGUUCUUUGGGCGGCAGAUGCAGUGCAGUGAAUCUCAGCUGGUGCCGCGGGGGCCCGGCUCAGAUCCCAACUACCAAGGCUGCUCCCUCCCUGGAUCAAUGCUCGGCAGCACGACGGUCAGCGGGCCGGAUUAUCUCGAGGCCUCUUUCCAGUACUCGAGGGCGAACCUGUGGCGCAACUUUGGCAUCAUCAUCGCCUUCACCGUCUUCUACCUGGGCGUCACCGUCCUGGCCGUGGAGACGGUCAAGUUCAAGGGCACGGGGGCCCAGUCCCUGAUAUUCGCCAAGGGCAGGGCGGCCAAGGCGGACGAGGAACAGCGCGAGAAGGACGGCGCCCGCGCGGCCGAGGAGGCCUUCGAGCCCAUCGGCGACGGCCAGAGCGUCUUCACGUUCAAGGACAUCCACUACACGGUCCCAUACGGCGACGGCGAGCGGCGGCUGCUCGACGGCGUCUGCGGCUUCGCCAAGCCGGGCAAGAUGAUCGCGCUCAUGGGCAGCUCCGGCGCCGGCAAGACGACGCUGCUCAACACCAUCGCCCAGCGGCAAAAGGUCGGCGUCGUGUCCGGCGAGAUGCUGGUCAACGGCGCCGCCCUGGGUCCGGAGUUCCAGCGCGGCACCGGCUUCUGCGAGCAGCGGGACAUCCACGAGGGCACUGCGACCAUCCGGGAGGCCCUCGAGUUCUCGGCGCUGCUGCGGCAGGAGAGGGCGGUCCCGCGCGCCGACAAGAUCGCCUACGUCGACCGCAUCGUCCACCUGCUCGAGCUGGGCGACCUGCAGCAUGCCAUCAUCUCCUCUCUGACCGUUGAGCAGAGGAAACGAGUGACCAUCGGAGUGGAACUCGCCGCCAAGCCGAGUCUUCUCCUCUUCCUGGACGAGCCGACGAGCGGCCUCGACAGCCAGUCCGCCUUCUCCAUCGUCCGGUUCCUCCGCAAGCUGUGCGACGCCGGCCAGGCCAUCAUCUGCACCAUCCACCAGCCCUCGUCCGACCUCAUCGAGCAGUUCGACAUGAUCCUCGCCCUCAACCGCGGCGGCAGGACCUUCUACUUCGGGCCCGUCGGCCCCAACGGCUCCGUCGUCGUCGACUACUUCGCCCGGAGGGGGUUCCCCUGCCCGCCGAGCCGCAACGUGGCCGAGUUCAUCCUCGAGACGGCCUCGACGCCGUCCGUGAGGGACGGGGAGCGCGUCGACUGGAACGACGAGUGGCGCAGGUCCGACGAGCAAGGGGCCAUCGUCGCCGAGAUCGACCGCAUCACGGCCGAGAGGCGGCCGCCCGCCGCCACCGACGCGGCGCAGACCGAGUUCGCGGCGUCCACGGCGUACCAGUGUCUGCUGCUCACCAAGCGCAUGUUCGUCCAGCACUGGAGGGAGCCGCAGUACCUGUACAGCAGGGUCUUUGUCCACACUAUCAUGGGCAUCUUUAACGGAUUCACGUUCUGGAUGCUCGGCAACGACAUUGCAAGCAUGCAGAACCGCAUGUUCAGCGCCAUUAUCCUCAUCUUCUUCAUCCCGCCCACCGUGGUCAACUCGGUCGUGCUCAAGUUCUUUCAGAACCGGGAGCUCUGGGAAGACCGCGAGCUGCCGAGCCGCACGUACGGAUGGGUCGCUUUCUGCACCGCCAACGUCGUCUGCGAGAUCCCCAUGGCCGUCGUAUCGGCCACCAUCUACUGGCUCCUGUGGUACUUCCCCGUGGGCUACCCGACGACCGCCUCCGUCUCGGGCUACACCUACCUGAUGGUGCUCGUCUGGUCCUUUUUCCAGUCGAGCUGGGGCCAGUGGAUCUCAGCUUUCGGCCCGUCAUACUCGACCAUAUCCAACAUCCUCCCCUUCUUCUUCGUCAUGGUCGCCAUCUUCAACGGCAUCCUCGUGCCGUACGACUCGAUGCCAGUGUUCUGGUCCCAGUGGAUGUACUUCAUCAACCCGACGACCUGGUUCGCGCGCGGCGUCCUCUCGGCGGUCCUCCCGCCCGCCGCAGUGCAGUGCGCCGCCGCCGAGUUCGCGCGCUUCGACCCGCCGCCCGGUUCGACCUGCGGCCAGUACGCCGGCCGCUUCGUCGACGAGGUGGCCGCGACGGGGUACCUCGAGGACCCAAACGCGACGUCCAACUGCGGCUACUGCCCGUACAACGACGGCGGCGAGUACAUGCGCACGCUCAACGUGUACGCCACCGACAAGUGGCCCUCGUUCGGCAUCCUGGUGGCCUUUGCCAUCGCCAACUGGGCCCUGGUGUACUUUUUCAUUUAUACCGUCCGCAUCAGGGGGUGGACGUUUGGCAUUUCCUCGGUCUGGAAGCAGUGUGCCAGGUUGCUGGGCCGGUUCCGGGGGCAGGGCAAACAGGCCGAGAGCGAAGACGUGUAAAGCACUGCAAGACUGUGUUUGUCUGCCGUAUAGGCAGGAAAAUAGAAGGUGUCAAUGAAUUCCCUCUCCUCGCCGGUUGCUGGGAGGAAAGCAUUGGUACGAGUAGAUAUAGAAGGAGGAAAUACCCACCAAAUGAAGAGGUCACUUGCAAAGACGUGAAGCAUCCUUCUCUGAGUUUCCUCCAGCCCCGCGU